AUGGCUCGUACUUUUAGUGAGGAUCUGAAGUGGAGAAUUAUUUACCUUCAUCAUGAUGGAUAUAGUCGAAUAAAAAUUGGCAUAUUAUUACACAUUAGCAAACGCACUGUUGAUAAUAUUUUGCAAAUAUAUGUACAAUGGAGAACGGUAGUAAAUCCAUGGCAAAAACCACCAGGACGUCAUAAAAUACUAAUUCAAAAUGAAAUGAAGAUAUUACGAGAGUUAGUUAAGGACAAGGUGGAUUGGUAUUUAGACGAAUUAGUAGGAGAACUUGAGCAACAAACAGGAAAGUUGGUUUCUAUUCCAACUCUUUGGCGAUCUUUAGUUUACUGUGGAAUUAGUAGAAAGAAAUUACAUCAAGCAGUUUAUGAACAGAAUGAACUUCUUAGAAGCAUAUUUAUUGCAAAAGUUGGACGUGAUUAUAAACCUGAACAGCUUAUAUUUAUGGAUGAAGCUUUUAAAGAUGAACGCACUUUAUCUCGUAGAUAUGGUUAUUCUUUAAAAAAUACUUUUGCAAUUAAAAAGAAUGCAUUUUCUUUACAAAAUAUUAUUGCUGUUCCUCAAAUGAAUUCAUAUCCUGGUGAACAAAGUGUUCUUGUACUUGAUAAUGCGUGA